AUGGGUGAUUCCUCUGGCACAUUCAAGGUUGAACCUUCAAGUCCUUACUACAUCAAUAAUUCAGAUCAUCCAGGUUUGGUAAUUGUACCAAAGCCUUUGAAUGGAGAUAAUUAUGCAACGUGGCGCAGAUUUAUGACUGUUUCAUUGAACGCAAAGAAUAAAUUGGGUUUCGUUGAUGGAACUCUCAAAAAGCCAUCAUCGGAAUCCAAUCUUGAUGAACACGUGGUAUGGAUGCGUUGUAACGACAUGGUUUUCUCCUGGAUUGUCAACACACUUGAUCCCGAAAUCAGCGAUAGUGUCAUAUAUUGCACCACAGCCUGCGAAAUUUGGGAGGAUCUCCGUGAACGAUUCUCUCAAAGCAACGCUCCUCGUAUCUUCCAACUUCAACGGGAGACUUCAUAUUUGACACAAGACCAAUUGUCAGUUGCUGCCUAUUACACCAAGUUGAAAGGUCUUUGGGAUGAACUUGCUUCCUACACAGAUUAUUCUACCUGUACCUAUGCAGCCCAUGGCAAGCAUAUGCCUCCAUCAGCCAAGAAGCAACGCACGCUUGGAGCCUUACGAGCCGCUGCUAGAACCUCCGAUACUGCUGCCAUGGCUGUUAGAAUUGGACGCCCUAAUCAAAAUCGAUCCACCAAUCGUGAGGAUCGUUGCACUGACAGGUCAGACCAAAACCAUUCCCAGACCUCCAACUGUGAUGACCGUCGCGCUGGAUCUUCAAGAAAUCGACCCCAUUGCACCCAUUGUGAUGACGAUGGCCAUCAGAUUGAUACCUGCUGGAAGCUUCAUGGGUAUCCAGAAGGUCAUCCAUGCCACAAACCUAAGAAAAAUCAUGGUGGUCCAUCUUCCAAUCAUGUUUCGGAAGGCCCAACCAAGGAUGAGAUGCAAUCCGUUAUGUCCGGCUUUUCAGACCUUCAAAUUCAGCAAAUGUUGGCUAUCAUGCAUGACAAACCAGUGCCUGACAAGAAAUCCCAGGUCAAUGUCGUUGCCACCAAUAAAGGACCUUGCUAUGAGGAAGACGAUUGGUUUGGGUAA